AUGUCUGAUGUUGAAGAAACAGCAGUCAAAGGGAAAGUCGAAAAAGUUGAGAAACAUUAUUCAGGAAAUGUUUCAAGACGAAGGACUGUGCGCACAGAUCUCAGAACGGCUAAAGAUUUUGCUGGUGAAGAAGCUAUGAUUGCUUUUCAUGAAGAACAAGAUAAACUGCGAGUCCAACAAGAAAUUGAAGAAAAAGACAGACAAGCAGCUCAGCGACUCUACGAGGAAUUACUGGAGCAAGAAAGACAGAACUUUGAACAACUAAGAUUUCAAGAGAACAGAGACGCUGAGUUAGCAAGGCAGUUACAGGACAAAGAGCAAAAGAAAUAUGAACGACAUGAACUUAAAAAAAGGGAAAAAGAACUUCGAAGGGAGCGACAACGUUUAGAGAAGUUAAUGGCACAACAGGAUAGGGAUUUAGCUGCAUAUACUCAAAGAAAUACAGAUCAUGUUUAUGACGACGAUGAUUUGACCAAUGUAGCGGCUGGACAUAGUAGAGGCCAUGAUUAUCCACCAGAUGAACUCCCACCUGAAGGCUAUCAUGAAGACUUUGCACAAAACAAUGCUGAUAAAAGAUUAUCUGAUGAACCACCCGGCUAUGAAGGUCCAUAUGAUGAGUCUGAGGAAGAGGAGGAUGAAGAGACGAGACAAAUUCGACAAAUGCAAGAUGACGAGGAAUUUGCCAGACUAUUACACGAACAGGAGAGUAAAAGGAAGAGUAAACAUCUUCCGAAAGAUAUCUCUGAACUCACCGCACAUGAUGAAGACAUUGCCAGGAAAAUGCAACAGGAGGAACAGUUGAUGGCGAAACGUCAUCAGUAUAAACGGCAUCAGAAGAAAGUCUCCGCUGAAAUAGCAGAUCCAGAUCCCUUAGUGCCACUACAUGGAGAUCAUCACAGACAGCAUUCUGUUCCAGCCAGGAUUAAGUAUGGAGACGGAGGCAUUACAUUGAAAAGUUACACUAAACAGUCUGAGGAUUAUCCUCGACAUCAUCACCAUCAUUCUCUGCCAGCCAAUUCACAGCCGCCCAGUAGUUCAUAUAGGCAUCCAUCGCCUAAUGGCAGCUAUUCCAGCAGUACAUCAUCCAUCACAUCACCGGGGCAAAUCAUAGACAUUGCAGCCACAUUAGAUCCGACAUACCGACAAGAUCAAAUGUAUCCACCACAAGAUGUACAAGGGGUCACAUUAAUCAAGAAAACGCCAUUAAAUGAAUCAUUACCACCAGUAUUCACACCAGAUGAUGAUGAUGAUGAUGACUUUUAUCCUGGUAUCUCAGAGACUGAUAAAAACUUUGCACCAAUCCAGGGUACAAGAAGGAAAAGUGACAGCAAGAAAGAACGAAAAAACAAAGGACUCUUUGGAAAACUGAAGAAAAAGAAGAAUUAACAUUUUAUUAAUGAUCAGACUAUGCAUAAUGAUGAGUUUAUUUGAACUAUUCAAACUUGCCCAGUUGUACCUGUAAUCAUGACACUAAUUGACAAGAAUAUGUACAAAGUAAUAGAACAUCUGGAAAUAAUAUACUAGCCUCACUUCUGUAGCCUAAAUCAUUGUCACUUUGUCAACAAGGCCGUUUGGGGCUAUAACUAAAUAAUCAUAUACAGUACUUUACUACUUUAUCUGUGAAUGCAAUCAUGUAUUUUCAUACUGUUUAUCAGAUACCAAUAGAUUGUUUUCCGUUGACUGCGAGAUCCCGUGUUAUGUGUGAAAUCAAAUGAAAAAAACAGGACAAACAAAGGUCAUAGCGUCAAGGUUGCUUCUGAACAUCGCUAGGGGUUCGUCAAAUGCAAAAAAAAAUAUUACAAUAAUGUGCUAUACACAUUUAAUGAUGAUGAUUUCUAUAAAGUAAGGGUAUCUCAACGCAGUAUUUCCCUCAAGGAUUGCCAUGAGCUAUAAAAAAUGAAAUUCAAAAUUCAAAAUCAAAUCGUUUGAUUUUUGUGACAGACAAUUUUUGUGACGGUUCGCGCCUUUCACCCAAUAUGCGAGAUAUCAAGGUGAACGAAAAAUUACUUAUACCUCUGACAUAAUAUUGUAUGUCAGCUAUUUCUCUGUGUUUGCAGUUUCAAUCUUCUGGGUGAAAUACAA